AUGCAUCCGGGGAAUCUAUGGGGCGGUAACCUCGACGCUGUAGAUAGCGAUCGAGCCGCGGCUGAGGAGGAAGAGCGGCGGAGGAAUAUGAUGGAAUGGGACAGAGGAGCUCUCCAUUCGCAGCAGCUAACCGCGGAAAACCAGAGGAACCAAUUGGACGAAACGCAACAAAGCUGGUUACUUGCACCACAAGAUAGCUGGAAGAAGAAGAGAAAGAAGUAUGUAAACCUAGGUUGCGUAUCCGUGGGCCGCACGGUUUGUAUGUGGACCGUUGGAUCUAUCGUCGUCUUGUUCCUUGUCGUUGCUCUUCCGAUCAUCAUCGUCAAGACUUUGCCUCGACAUAAGUCUACCCCUCCUCCUUCCGAUAAUUACACCCUUGCCCUUCACAAAGCUCUUCAGUUUUUCGAUGCCCAGAAAUCGGGUAAAUUGCCAAAGAAGAAUCGGGUUUCAUGGAGGGGAGAUUCAGGGCUAAAGGAUGGGCUACCGGAUGUGCCCGGAGGAUUGGUCGGAGGGUAUUACGACGGAGGAAGCAACAUUAAGUUUCAUUUUCCGAUGGCAUUCUCCAUGACAAUGCUUAGUUGGAGUCUCAUUGAGUAUAACCACAAACUCAAAGCCAUCAAUGAGUAUGAUCACAUGAGAGAUGUUCUCAAAUGGGGAACUGAUUAUCUUCUUCUCACUUUCAACAAUUCUGCUACUCGCCUUGAUCAUAUCUACACUCAGGUUGGUGGAGGGCUUAGAGACUCAGAAUCACCAGAUGAUAUUUACUGUUGGCAAAGACCAGAAGACAUGUCAUACGACCGUCCUGUCAUUUCCUCAACUUCCGCCACUGACCUCGGCGCAGAAGUCGCUGCUGCCUUAGCUGCAGCCUCAAUCGUCUUCACCGACAGACCAACCUACGCCAAAAAACUCAAAAAAGGCGCAGAGACACUAUGGCCUUUCUUUAGAAACAAGAACAGACGCAACCGCUACUCAAACGGACAGCCAACUACUCAAGCUUUCUACAACUCAACCAGUAUGUUCGACGAGCUCAUGUGGGCUGGCGCGUGGCUUUACUACGCCACUGGAAACAAGACUUAUAUACAACUCGCCACACACCCAAGUGUGCCUCAAACGGCUAAAGCUUUUGCUAAUCGACCGGAACUGAUGGUACCGAGCUGGAAUAACAAAUUACCUGGUGCUAUGUUGUUGAUGACGCGGUAUAGAUUGUUCUUGAAUCCUGGUUUUCCUUACGAGAACAUGCUUAAUAGGUACCACAACGCUACUGGUGUCACCAUGUGUGCUUAUCUCAAGCAGUACAAUGUGUUUAACCGGACUUCAGGAGGGCUUAUACAAUUAAACAUGGGGAAACCAAGACCACUUGAAUAUGUGGCUCAUGCUUCUUUCUUAGCUUCUUUGUUUGCGGAUUAUUUGAAUUCAACUGGAGUUCCUGGAUGGUACUGUGGCCCUACCUUUGUCUCCAAUCAUGUUCUUAAGGAUUUUGCUAAAUCGCAGAUUGAUUAUAUUCUUGGAGACAACCCUUUGAAAAUGAGCUACGUGGUUGGGUUCGGCAAGAAGUUUCCAAGACACGUUCAUCACCGAGGAGCCACGAUUCCAAACGACAAAAAGAGAAGGAGCUGUAGAGAAGGAUUGAAGUAUAGAGACACAAAGAAUCCAAACCCAAACAACAUCACUGGAGCUAUGGUUGGAGGACCAAACAAAUUCGAUAAGUUCCAUGACAUACGAAACAAUUACAACGCGAGCGAGCCUACUCUGUCCGGGAACGCAGGUCUCGUUGCUGCUCUUAUUUCCUUAACCAGCAGUGGUGGCUACCAAAUCGAUAAGAACACGAUGUUCAAUGGUGUUCCUCCUCUCUAUCCUCCUGCUCCACCACCACCUAAAGCUUGGAGGCCUUAAGAAAUGUUUCAUUUACGUGACCGAGUUUAAUUUAUACAUUUAUAAUAC